UUUUCAUUUCCAGCAGUGUCCCUCCCCUCAAUGGAAUUGGGACUUGUCGGUUCAAAGGAGACAUGGUCAUUGGUGGUGCUGUUCUGUGCUGUGCCUUGCCUCCAAGGUGAAGCCCGAGAUUUCCACUGUGUAGACAGAGCAAUUGAGGCACAGUAUGAUUGAAAUUCUUCUCCAAGAUGGCACAGGUGUGGCCUGGAUGAGGCACAGAGAUGGGGAAAAAGCUGGACCUUUCCAAGCUCACAGAUGAGGAAGCCAAGCAUGUAUGGGCAGUGGUUCAGCGGGACUUCGACCUAAGGAGGAGAGAAGAAGAAAGACUGGAGGGACUGAAGGGAAAGAUACAAAAAGAGAGCUCGAAGAGGGAGCUGCUGUCUGACACAGCCCAUCUGAAUGAGACCCACUGCGCCCGAUGCCUGCAGCCCUACCGGCUCCUUGUGAACAGCCGAAGGCGGUGUCUAGAGUGUGGUCUCUUUGUCUGCAAAAGCUGCAGCCAUGUCCACCCAGAAGAACAGGGCUGGCUCUGCGACCCCUGCCACUUGGCCAGAGUCGUGAAGAUUGGCUCGCUGGAAUGGUACUACCAGCACGUGAGAGCUCGUUUUAAGCGAUUUGGGAGUGCCAAAGUGAUCCGGUCUCUCUGUGGGCGGCUGCAGGGUGGAGGUGGAUCUGAGCCAAGCUUGGAAGAAGGGAGUGGAAACAGUGAACAGACAGAUGAGGAUGAAGACCUGGAUGCAGAGGCCCAGGCCCAGCCUCUCAACAGCAAAAAGAAAAAGCGCCUGCUCUCCUUCAGUGAUGUGGACUUUGAGGAAAACUCGGAGCACGCUACAAAACCUUACAGCCAUACCCUGGGCCUGUCCUCUGUCCCUGAGUCUACACACAGCCUGCAGUCCCUCUCAGGCAAGCCCUGCUCUGAGGAUACCGCCUGCCUGGAGCCCGAGGGCCUGGAGGAUACUGAUGCAAGGGCUUUGGGGUGUCACUCCAGUCCAGAAGAGCAGCCAUAUAGCCUCUUGCCCUCCAGAGAGGAUGCUCACACUGAGCUGGACCCACCCGGAGCAUCCUGCAAGAGGGCCCUAGGGACCAUAGCUAUGCCUGGGACAGAUGGUGUCAAAAGCAAACAGCUCCCCUCACAGUACCUGGCUGAUGUGGACACCUCUGAUGAAGACAGUCUCCAGGAUCCCAGGGCAGCCUUCCAGCAUUCCAAGAGAAGGGCCCGGGCUGUGCCAGACACUCAGAUCUUAGAGUUGAACAAGCGCAUGUCAGCUGUGGAGAACCUGCUGGUCCACCUGGAGAACGUGGUACUGCCACCCUCAGCCCAGGAACCAGUUGUGGAAUCACAGCCCAGUGCAGACACGGAGGAGGAGGCUCUCAGGAGGAGGCUGGAGGAGCUGACCAGCAACAUCAGUGACCCUGGCACCUCAUCAGAAGAUGAGACCAAGCCAGGUGGCACCCUCCAUGCGGUGUCCCCAGAGGUGUGCACAGACACAGGGCACAUGGAGACACAGGGAAGGAGCCCUCGGGGGCCUGGGAACCCUACAUGGCCUACAAUGAGCACAGAUGAGGCACUGUCAGAGAUGGAGGACAGAGUGGCCAUGACAGCCUCUGAAGUUCAGCAGUCUGAGAGUGAGGCAUAGAUGGUGGUUCUUUUGAUCGGAAAUCGGUGUACCGUGGCUCACUGACACAGCGGAAUCCUAAUGGGAGGAGAGGGACAGCCAGGCACGUCUUCGCGAAACCCGUGAUGGCCCAGCAGCCGUGAAAGAGCAAGUUCAUGAGCACAGAAGAGUACCACAAAGCACCCCACACUGUCUCCUCCACGUGGCCAUCGCAUCCCCAUG